GAUUUGGAACAACUGGCUUGAUUUGGUGCAGCUGUAACCCAUUUUUCCUCCAUGACAAAAGUUUGACUGUUAAAAAAUGAUGCUCUGCUCCGCUCCGCUCCUGUUUUUUCAUGCAAUGCUGUGGAUUCCGGCGUCAGCGUAAGUGGCCAGUCAUCACUUGAGAAAUAGCUGCGAUUAUUUCGGUCUUAAUUUCGGUGCCAAUUUCAACAAACAGAGGGCUUUUAUUCUCGCACACCAUCACUCGCCCGGGAUUGCAUCCAUUUGAAUUAAUGUCGCACUCCAUAAUGGACUUCCUCGGACUGUACUUCUUACAGCUGGCUCUUAUUGGAGUCUCACAUAUGGCUCUCUCUGUGGGCGAGAGGGACUGCCUGCGUGCCGGAGACACCUGCUCCAGCGACGACACCUGCAGCCCGCGACUGCGCACCCUCAGGCAAUGUGUAGCGGGGGACGGCAGCGUGAAGCUGGGGCCUGGGGCACGAAACCAGUGUGAGAAUGCCAUGACGGCGCUGCUGUCCACUCCUCUGCACGGCUGCCAAUGUAAACGAGGCAUGAAGAAGGAGAAAAACUGCCUGAGUAUCUACUGGAGUCUGCAUCAGUCUGUGCUGCACGGACUCAGCCUGGUGGAGAGCUACCCGUAUGAACCAGAGGAGAGAGGCUCUGACUACGUUCGUCUGGCCUCCAUUGCUGCAGAGUCUGAAGUAACGACGGUGAACCGCUGCCUGGAUGCUGCCAAAGCAUGUAACAUAGAUGAGACGUGUCAGAAGCUUCGUACGGAAUACGUUUCCUCCUGUAUCCAGCCAUCAGCUCGCUCUGGGCCAUGUAAUCGACCAAAGUGCAACAAGGCGCUAAGGAAGUUCUUUGACCGUGUUCCCCCUGACUACACCCAUGAGCUGCUAUUCUGUCCCUGCACCGACACGGCCUGCGCAGAGCGCCGCCGGCAAACAAUUGUGCCGUCGUGCUCAUAUGAGGACAAGGAGAAGCCCAACUGCCUGGCUCAGCUGCGGAACUGCAAAGCAGACUACGUGUGCAGGUCUCGCUGGGCACAGUUCCAGUAUGAUUGCCAACCUUCCGAGCAGAGCGCCAGUGGCUGCAAGCAGGAGACUUACGCAGCAUGUCUACUUGCGUACACCGGGCUGAUAGGAAGCACAAUAACUCCCAACUACCUUGACAACUCCACAUCCAACGUGGGACCCUGGUGCUCCUGUGCAGCGAGCGGCAACCACAGGGAACAAUGCAAUGACUUCCUCACUUUUUUCCACGACAACGUCUGCCUGAAAAAUGCCAUCCUCGCGUUUGGGAACGGAUCAGAUGUGAAAAUGGGCGCUAGCCAGCCCGGGAUGCCCAGUCCAGCCACGGACAACCAGAGCCCGCAUUUGGCUACCACUGCCCCGGGCGUCUCCAUGGAAACAGAGCAGAACAUUUUGAGAGCACAGAUACCUACUCAGGUAAACGAGAACGACAGAUUGUGGGGCGAUGAGGGAGACUCCACUCUUCCCUCCCCGGGGCUGUCGGACCGCGGAGCCGAGCCCCUCAGCCUGUCCCUGCUGCUCGGCCUCGGUUGGCUGCUCUUGCUGCUGCUCUCUGACCAAUAAGAGGCCCCGCUCACCUGGCCUCCACGGACAA